AUGGCGUGCAUCACAAUCCUAGUAACGGACGUAUCGCCCGGGCCACUCCAAUGGCUGUGUCUGAAGAGGUGCCCGUCCAAAGCUGCCUGUGAGGCUUCACGUCGGGAUCAUGGCCUAGAGGUUCUUGGAAACAGAAAAGAGGCAUAUCUGGACCCGUGUCUCGAAGAGGAACUACAUCGUCGACUGUAUACCUCACGUGUCGGUACAAGGGGCCCUGCUCCAUCGAGUAAGACAGACCUAUAUGGCCUUGAUUUGGCCUCCCUGCAAGAGCUUUGUUCGGCCGUUGCCGAACACGUCAAACCUAUAGGGCCGAAAGCUGAAGGCGUGCUGCAUUUCUGGACUGGGCCUUCAGCUCUGCGCUGGCACGUCGUUACUGCAAUACGGAACUUCCCCUUCCUCUGGCUCGCAAUGUCUGGUCCGUUGUGGGUUGAACCUUGGCCUGACCCUGUUCUCACCUUUCCGCCUCUUCAUGACCGACGCCUGACUUUGAGUGAUGCAGGCAGUCAGCCAAAGAACUGCGCAGGCGAACUUACUGCAGCAAUCUACCUUGAUGAAGCAGUCCUGGGCUUAAGGACUGGGACAUCCGAUUAG